CAUUUUGAGUGCCGUGUGUGUGAGUUCACUGUUACUGGGAAAGGAAAAGAUCAAAGUCUUGUGUUUGCCGAGGCCAAAGAUCAUUGAAAAUCGUGUUAUUGGAUCAGGAUGGAGGAGAGCAGCAGUAUUGCAGUUCUGGUGCCCCACGGAAGAGCACAGGAUGCCUUGCUCAUUCCUGAGAGGGCAGUAAACGCAUGUCUGCAGGGCUCUGAUGGGAAACAAAAGCAAAAGGCCACCGACUCCCUCAUCCAGGUCAUAGAGAAACUGAGCAAGAUAGUUGAAAACAAAAGACCCAGGCGCUGCUCGCUAUCCGGGAAGAAGCGACCUCACCUCACUUGCACGUCUGCAGCUGUGGAAAGCAAAGAGAACUACGAAGUCCCCUCGAAGAUGGCAAAAGAUUCGGAUGCACUAAGGUGCAGUGAGGAAGUGCGGGAGGAAUACUAUAUAUCGGAGAAUGGGUAUGGGAGCUGUGGCAAAACGAUCACCUGCUACCAGUGCAGUCUGUGCAAGUUCAUCUCCCCAACCCUGACCUUACUGAAAGACCACAUAAAACAGCACGACCAGCAGAACGAGGUGAUCCUGAUGUGCUCUGAGUGCCGCUACACGUCCAAGCACCAGGAGGAUCUGGAAGCCCACGUGAGGGUUCACGUAGAAAAUCAAGAGCAGCUCAAAAGCGUGGUCCCACAUCACACACGGGAGAUCCGGAUUCUCUCCACAGCCGAUGGCAAAGAGCUGGCGUACGCUGGGGGCUUACAGGUGAAUAUUGAAGGGGUGGAGGCCAGCGUAAGUGUGGACAAUUUGGACCUUCAGCCCGUGAAGAAAAAGUGGUACACCUACGAGCAGUACGGCAUGUACAGGUGUUUGAUCUGCAGCUACACCUGCGGCCAGCAGCGCAUGCUCAAAACCCAUGCAUGGAAGCAUGCUGGUUUAGUUGACUGCUCCUAUCCGAUAUUUGAAGACGAGUCUGAGACCUCUUGCGUGGUGGACUCGACGUCAGGCCCUCCGGUAGAUGAGGCUGUUGUAGUCCUCACUCCCGUGAGUAAGCCAGAGACAUUAAACAGUGCUGCUUCCUUUCAAAUCAAGCUAUGCACCUCAGGCACAGACAGUGAGGACAAAGCUGCUUUAGUCCCAGCGGUGGAGGAGAGUGCUGAGGAAAUGUACCAUUCAAAAGUCCCUGCAACAGAGGAGGAGGUGGUCGAAGAGCAGGUUGCCUCUGAUUCAGAGCAUGAUCCCAGUGCCUCAGACAGUCUCCUCUCCUCUGCUCAGAAGAUCAUAAGCUGUAGUCCCCACCGAGCAGGACAUGUGAAUGUCAUAGUGGAACGUCUUCCAGGAGCUGAAGAAGCUAUUGCAACCAAGCCAUUCUUGAUAGACUCGCGCAUAGAGGGGGAGAAGAGGUCGCUGACUGAGGAUUCGCCGGUGUAUUAUGAGGAUGACCCAGGAGAUUAUCAGACGAGUAAAGGUGGCGUUGCCGUAGAAGAGGUGGUGAUCGGAUGGUGUAACAACGAGAAGCAGCAGAGUGAAGACGAGGCUUCCAAAGAAUCAUCCACCGCGAGCGACGAAAACAUCCCACCGGUCCGCAGGAGGACACAUUCCGAGUCUUUGAGGUUGCACUCCUUGGCGGCGGAGGCCCUGGUCGCCAUGCCAACUAGAACCCCCGAGAUGAUGAAAGCUAGCAUAAAGAGCAUCGUGGAGCUGAGUAGCCAGUCCCCAGACACGGGUCAAAGAUACAUCGACAUCGCCAGCGCCUCCCCACACAAAGUGACCUCGGCUGUCCGAAACGCCCCGGAAGAGUUUACCAACAUAAAGGAGGGGGGCACAGCGCUGGUCAACUUGGAGCUGCAACCCAAGCCCAAAGAGGGAAUCCCCGAGGGUCCCGUGAAGAUGGGAAUCAGCAUGUCGCUGCUGACCGUGAUCGAAAAGCUGAGAGAAAGGACUGACCAGAAUGCCUCGGAUGAAGACAUCCUCAAAGAGUUGCAGGAUAAUGCCCAAAGCCAGCCCAACAGCGAUAUGAGCUUGCCGGACGGCAACCUGGUGGAGUUCAUUCCAGACAGCGAUCGGCCUUAUCGCUGCCGCUUGUGCCGUUACACUAGUGGCAACAAGGGGUACAUCAAACAGCAUCUUAGAGUGCACCGUCAGCGCCAGCCUUACCAGUGCCCCAUCUGUGACCACAUCGCUAAUGACAGCAAGGACCUGGAGAACCACAUGAUAAAUCAUUGCAAAACCAGAAUGUACCACUGUAAGCAGUGCAACGAAACAUUCUAUUACAAGAGUCAGCUGAGAAAUCAUGAGCGAGACCAGCAUGGAUUGCCUGAUGCACUGGCAGCUUUGUCUUCUGUUACUGAGACAGCAGCAACAGUGGAGGAGUCUGAAGAGAAGAGUGCAGAAGAAGGUCUGACCAGUAUUCAGAAAAUCUACAAAUGUGAUGUAUGCGACUACACCAGCUCAACGUAUGUGGGGGUUCGAAAUCAUAGAAGAAUUCACAACUCUGACAAGCCAUACAGGUGCUGCAGCUGUGACUUUGCGACGACAAACAUGAACAGCCUCAAGAGCCACAUGAGGAGGCACCCACAGGAGCACCAGGCCGUGCAGCUAAUGGAGCAGUACAGAUGUUCUCUCUGUGGAUAUGUGUGUAGCCACCCCCCUUCUCUAAAAUCACACAUGUGGAAACAUGCUGGUGACCAAAAUUAUAACUAUGAGCAAGUCAACAAAGCUAUUAAUGAAGCCAUUUCACAAAGCAGCAGGUCUCCAUGUUUAGCUCAGAAGCAGGCUGCCAUUGUUGAACCAGUUGUGGAGAGACCUUGUGGCAGAACAAAUAAAACAGAUCCUAACCCUCUGGCCUCCACUCCUGAGGAAGGCGCAGGGGCAUCAGAGCCACUGCAGGGCCCUUGUGUGGCCACAAGACCCCAGAGCGCUCCUGAGAAAGGAGGUGUGCCUGCCAGGGCAGGGAUGGAGUACUGUGUGCUGCUUUUCUGCUGUUGCAUCUGCGGGUUCGAGUCCACCAGCAAAGAGCACCUGAUGGAGCACAUGAAGGAGCACGAAGGCGAGAUCAUUAAUAUAAUUUUGAACAAGGAGCAGAGCCCCUAGCUGCUGAAGCCGGAAGGGGAAAACACAAGUUGGUCAAGACCAUGGGGCAGGAUGCCUGUCUUUUUGUUAUCUGACUUCUUCUGGAGGGCUUGACCUUGGACUGCUGUUUGAUGAGCUGUCCUGCUUCCGAGCUGUAGCAAAGCAAAAGCCAGCUUUGCGGCUGUCUUUCCUUUCCCACUCAAACGCAAAACUUGACAGAGUUAUCCAUUACGUCACAAAGCAAAAAAGUUAGCAAAAAAGUUUCUGCUUUUUAUACUUUCUUACACUUCCUUAAUAAUGUACAUAUCCUGGACUUCCUGAUUUUUUUUUUUUAAUUUGAAUUUAAAUCAGACAUAGUUUGAAUGUUCUAUGAAAAGUUUUGAAAGGUUGUCUGCUACCAAGCAUAUGUAGAUUUGGACUAAAGAAAAGGAAAACAUUGCAUACCUCAUUAAAUCCAUUUAUUUUGUAAAAAUAGAUUCCAUCCCAUUUCAAGGGGUUAUAUUUUUCAAACAUGAUUAAAGGCAGCUUUAGUUUAAAUAUGGUGUAAUACUGUAGAAUGGUGUGAAUCACACAUUUGAACCACAAGUAUACAUAGACCACAUAUAUAACGUGUUUGUGGACAAUAUAUAUAAUUUGGUUCUAUGUAUAUUAAAUGUAUAUGAAUAGUACUGACAGCACCAGUUUUCACAGAUCUAUAAACUUGCAAAAGCUUUGUUGUGUAUAUUUUUCUUGAGUGUGUAUUGCCCAAAAUAUUUAUUUAAUUUAUAUUUAUGCAUGUAGUUUUCCGUUAUUGAAACGGCAAUGCGUUUUAUUCUCUCAGAUUGGUGCUAUUGCCUCUCUGUCCUAAUGAAAUGUUCUCAAGAAAGAGCUAGUCAGUCAUAUAAGGAAAGUACCUUAUUUUUUGAGUAGUAUUGCAAUGAAAUGUAGUGAAAUACUUGAGUUUGUAUUGUUUUGGAAAAAUACUAUACGUAGACGUAACUGACAAUAUAUCUAUAUUGUUCUUUGGUCCAAUAUUCAGUUUGACUUUUGAGGUAUUUUGUUGACAUUCUUAUAGUAUCAGUUUUAUUCUGAUCUUCUGUAAAGUAAAAGGCAACAUUUUAUCAAAAACAGCAAACUGUAAAAUGAUGCCUAUGAAUGUCGGAAUAUUCUUAUCCAUGAUGUAUAAAGAAAAAGCUUUGUAUAAAAUUAAGUUCUCUAAUGUUAGGUUGACGUUGUUAUAGUUGUUUUUUUACAUCAUGCACGUAACUUACGUUUGCUACUUUUCAUCAGGUGUAAUCUAGUGACACCUAUUUAAAACUUCUAAGACUUAUACAUGUAGUUUAAGUUUUUUAAAUGUUUUGUUGCUACUUCUUAUUCUUAUAAUAUUUCACUGUCUCUAAAAGGAGAUUACCUCAUAACACUUCAUUUUAAUGAGGGUCGUUUAGUUCUAGAAUAGAAAUUAAACUGAUUCUGGAUGCGGUUUCAAUGGUAUGGACACAGAUUAGGAAUAGUUCCCAUUUUGUAUUUGUUUAGGCUAUUUUUUUUAAAUUAUACAUGUAAAACAUACUUUAAAUGUUUUUAGAGGCUUGUCAUUUGAUAUCUUCUCACCAUAAGCAAAAUAAACUUCAUGGGUUCAAGUAUGAACCCACUUUUAUACAGUUAGACAUAGGCCAUCUAGGAACCCUGAAUAAUUCAGUGUCUUAGUCUUUGUCAGGCCAUGCCUAAUGACUCAUUUUUGAGGGAAUGUUGUUCUCAUUAAGUUGCUUAUACUGUACAUAUUUUGUGUUUCAACUCACAUGCUUAAUUUUCUCCAAUAUUUAUAUAAUUGCAUAAAGGUUUUGCAUACAGUAGAUGGCAAGUUCUAAAAGACCGAGAAGUGAAUAUCUGACUUAUCAUUUGCUAUGUAUGUUGUUAGAAAAAAACAACAUUCUUUUGCAAAUAUGAUAAGGAUUAUCUUGCAAAACAUGGCUUUACUUUGCAGGUAUUACCAGCCCAUUCAUCAAACAUGUCAACAUUGCUGCAAAGCUGGGAUGGGCAUUCAGUGUAAUUUCAGUACCUAAAAGUUACCUGCAUGGCUAUAAGAAACUGCCUUCACCAUGAAAAUGAAGGCUAAAAUUAGUUUCUUAUGUUUCUCAGCUAUUGAUGUGAAUUUAUUAACUGACGUUUUACAGCAAACAAAACCAUACUGACCUUUUCCUUCUAAUUUUAAAAUGCUACGUUUUGUACGUGUACUGACACUUUUUAUUCAGGGGUGAAAACCUUUUCUGUCUUCACGUAAGAACAGUUUGGUUGAGAAGUUAUGAACUGUGUUAAUUAAUGGGAGAAUUUAAUUAAAUAAGUGACCUCUAUCAACAGAAUUGAA